AAACACCACAACAACAAACUCAAACACCACCACAACAAACUCAAACACCACUACAAACACCACUACAACAAACUCAAACACCACUACAAACACCACUACAACAAACUCAAACACCACUACAACCAACUCAAACACCACUACAACAAACUCAAACACCACUACAACAAACUCAAACACCACUGCAACAAACUCAAACACCACUGCAACAAACUCAAUCACCACUACAACAAACUCAAACCCCACCACAACAAAAUCAAACACCACCACAACAAACUCAAUCACCACCACAACAAACUCAAUCACCACAACAACAAACUCAAUCACCACAAACCGCCCCACAACAAUCGGGUCAAUCAAAUCCGGAUUCUAAAAAAGAUAAGCCAGCUACAUCACCCCCAUAUGUCCCUCCUCCUCGUGAAACUUCGACUCCUCCCAAAGCUGCGCCUGCUGCAAAGAAAAUUCCUAUUACCAAACAAUAUACAUCUUAUUCUGAUGUUUGCUCAAAUAAUCCAUCCUGUAAAACAGACACUAACAAACAAGAUAGCGGUAAAACCGAAACUAUAGAAAAUCAUGACCAUCAUAUCACGACUAUUAUACCGCCAGGCUACGAUAGUCAAACAAUAACUGCAUUCGUAACUAAAGUAGUCACAGUAACCGUUACAGUAUAUGUUCCAGGCUAUACAACUACUACUACUGAGGUCAAGGAUGGUGAAACAAUAUCCUAUGAAACUUACUAUCCACCAAGUACUAAGAUUAUCUUGGAAACUGUCACUUCUGUUGCACCCGCUGAUUUUGCGUUUGAUGAGAGUAAAGCAAUAAAAUUAGGUCAUUAUGGUUUGUUUGAUCGAAAUAAUGAUGGUUUAGUUAGUGUAGUUUUAAGUUUAUGGGUUGUAAUGUGGAGUUUA